GAGCCACUACAAUAGUGAACAGGACGGUAAGAACACGGCUCAAUUCAGAGACAUAGGAACAUUUUAACACUGCAGGUGUCAAAGCAAAACGACAAUUGAAGACUUUGUGCAAUCCAGAUCGCUCCUCGCAGAAUCUACUUUGGACGAACUAAGUGCGACGUGUUGAAUCGUAGGCAAAUCUGUCACUUACACUCAAUUCAUCAUCUUAGUUUUAAAAAGACAAGCCAACGUUAUUAUAUAAUAAAGAUGGUUUCUUUUUGGUCGACUUCCAAAUUCCUAUUUCUGUCCAUUUUGAUUCUGAGUACUGGAGCCGCCUACCUGUACAUCAGCUACAGCAGAGGAGAUCUGUCAUUAAAUAAAAUGGUGUCUGGUGCACUGGCCAGCUAUAGGGAAAGGGACGACUGGGGUAACUUAGCAGAAGCUGAGAAGGAACAAUCCCGCAGACUUGCCACGUUAAAAGCAUACUGUAAGAAGAAUCUCUCAAUGGUUGAGCUUUCAAAAAGCAAACAUGAAGGUCAUGUAUAUUUUUAUGAUAAUAUCAAAACAAUCUACUGCUAUAUCCCUAAAGUCGGGUGCAAAACAAUGAAACUCCUAUUCUACAAUCUAGAGCACAAUGAAACCUUACGUUUAAACACUGAUGGUACUGCUGAACUGCGACCAAAGAUAGAUAACUUUACGGAUCCUAAGUUACGUAGGUCUGGUUAUAUACACAGCCGAGGUUUCAAAACUUUCAAUCACUACAGCAAGGAAGAAGUAGGUCUGCGCCUUGCAACCUACAAAAAGAUCAUCGUCGUCCGUGAUCCUUUGGAAAGGUUGGCAUCUGCGUGGCUUGGCAAAUUCGUCACGUUGCCAGAAACAUCCGGCUUUUUGGGAUGGACCAAGGGUUUAAAUCAACGCCUGAGAAAAUAUCAAGAGAGUAACUUAACAAACAAGUCGAACAAUGUAAAGGACGAAGGGACAUUCAACGUCACAAAACGGGUGUCUUUCCGAGAUUUCCUCUUCAGCGUAUCCAAGAGGAUAAUAAUCGACAAUGAGCACUGGAUGUCAUUCAGCAGGCUCUGCCUACCAUGCCAGAUUGACUACGACUUUAUAGCACACAUGGACACGGUUGCGUCAGAUGUUCGACUUUUUGUAAAGAAGUACAACAUCACAGCGAAUGAAGAGGUUCUGCCGGAACAACGGCGGAGGCACGUUCACGAUGACAACGUUUUCAAUAAAAUCUACGCGCAAGUCCCGAUAGAAGAAAUCCUGCCUCUCCGAGAGACCUUCCAAGAGGACUUUGAUAUGUUCGGAUACUCCUUUGAACAGGAUUUGAUAAAGAUACUACAAGGAAAGUCCACGGGGUAGUCUAGCAAACCUUCUUGUUUCUGGAAAAGCUCCACGUCAUCGGAUAUAACAACUAAGACGCGCAAAUUAUGAACGUUCGAAGCUGUUUUAACAACAUCUUUUUCCAAGUCUCGAUACUAGAGAUAUUACUAAUCUGCCUCUUUACUAAAAUUUAAAACGAUUUUUAAACCCUUUAGAAGGUGCUUUAACAAAGAUAGCUAAGGCACACCGGAAAGGUUUUUACCUUAGAACCAACAUUAGUACGUAUAGUUAAAAAGUGGCACGUCUUAACUCUACCGAUGUUAAUACCAGAAGCCGGACCUUACAGUCAGGCCUAUUUGUAUUACCUUAUUUUAGUACACAUGCUGGUAUCAAGUGCCUUACAAACAGUCCUAUUAGCAAACCUUCAUGCUAGUAUAGUUCAGAACUGUUGUAUCCUGUAUAGUAUAAGUAGCCAGGUAUUAUUAGUACAAUAUAUAUAACUUUGGUUUCAACCAAUAUAGUAGCAGCCCUUUUUGCAAUUCCUCAUUUUCGUUAGUUUAAAACGCUUGUUGGUAUAUAAGUGCGUGUUAGUACAUUAUCGCAUAUGUUAGCAUCUUAUAUAUCACUUUUCUGAUAGA